UCUGUAGCCAAUCCGUACCAGAAUGUCUGUAUUUUAUGUUCUUGGUUUGUUCAUCUUUGUCUUUCUCGGUCUGUUGCUCAGGUCCCAAGCUGGCAAAAAGACUGUCCUUGUCCCCAGGUACUCCCAGUCUCACCAUCAGAGAACUGCAGGACACCGACUUUGGUUACUAUAAGCUUCAGCUAACCGAAUACAGCCAAAAUACUCACACCAUCUACAGACUCUACAAGAUUGAAGUGUCAUCUCCCCAGCCCUCCACUCUUCUGGCCACAGAGGACUUCUCCCUGAAAUGUGUGGUGGAUAGCAGUUCUGCUAGAACAGUCACCACCUGGUUCAGCCCAACAGACAAGGAGUUGACACCAGGGGGCCGGAUUUCAUACUCCGAAACAGAGAGCCAGUUGACGGUUCGGAAUGCGAGCCGCAGUGACACCGGCAACUGGGGAUGUGUUGUCCAAUACAACCAGAAAAGCACUACCGCUACCCAUGGUAUCACCGUUGUAGAUCUUAAUGCCCACUCUCAAGUCAUCUAUUCCUCCAGUAUCUCCAAGUCAGUCCUCCUGCCCUGCUCUCUGUCUCCUGGCCUGACCUUCAAAGAUGUGAAAAAUGUGGGCCUUCAAAGUGGCGAGUGGAUUUUCACCCCCAAAACUGCAAAGCAUCCCUUUACUCUGACCUCCCUAAAUUUGCAAGAAGAAAAGCCUACCUGGAGCAUCCCACAGAACCCUAAAUUGAAUGUCAGUGUGAUCCGAGAUGACAACAGGAAUUUUUCCCUCAUAAUUAACCAGCCACCAUUAGAAAACGCUGGGCUCUAUAGGUGCACUUUGAAGUUUAAAAACAAGUUGGAACUCCAGAGCACAGUGGAACUACGCUUAUUGAGAGUUGUCAAAGACGUCAACACGACCCUGUAUGAAGGUCAGGAUGUCAAUCUGACCUGCACUGUCGACAGCAUCUUAGACCCCAGCUUUAAUGUCACAUGGGCUCCUCCCCGACUGUCCAAGGCCCAGCUGCAGGAGGUCCGUCUCACUGAGGGCUCCAGGCUGACCAUCAGGAGUACCAGCGAGGGGGACAGUGGGAAAUGGAAGUGCAGCCUAGAGAAGGAUGGAAACACUGUGAUCAGUGUGGCGCUGAAGCUGAAAAUAGAGAAGGUUCCUGUGGAUGUGUGGCUGGUGGUACUGGGCUGUGCAGCCAUCUUCAUCUUCACCUGUCUCAUCGUCAUCAUUGUCCGCCUUAUACGGAGAUACCAGCAGAAUCGGGGCUUCAGAAGAGCCAAGAGGAGGAGAACCAGAUAUUGCCGCUGCGAACACCCCAAGCCCAGAGGAUUCUACCAUACAUGAGGGAGAAGAGCAGAAAUGUAGGAUUUUUCCUCUGAAGAUAAAGCACUUUUAUUUCCAGUCCACCCUCUUCUGUACUGUAUAUACAUGUAAAUACUUAAGUAUAUUUUUAAAAUGCAGUCUGUUUUGGGAAAGAGAGUGGAGAUAACACAGAAGCCCUCAGUGAUAAACACACACAACAGAACAGGAGGCACAGUGGUAGAGGGAGGAGGUGAGAGAAUCCCUCAGUAAUAAAAUAGAAUAAAAACAGACGCUGAACUAUUCUUUGUCAAAGCUUUUUGAAUCUGCAGUUGGUGUGAGUCUUGUGGCUUGGAUGUAAAUGAUUUUUGUUAUUAAAGUUGAUUUGUAAUCAAGUUGGACAUAAUUGACGCAUGUAUAAACUUUUUGUACUGCUGUAAUGUGUUGCAAAUCACGUCCUGUAUAUUUUUGCAUCUCAUAAAAUUAAAACAAGACUUCCUAAACCA